AUGAUGAAGAGGUCAUGCUUCUUCCUCAUACGCACCUUGCCCUUGCGCCCGUAUGUUCCUCAUCGUUUUUUGGUUACGAACAAGGCAGGCUUGCCAUAUUUCCACCGUCAACUCUCCGGUGCCUUCUCCGUCACUGCGCUUAAAUCAACGGCCCCGAAAAUGAGCACAAGUCGGGUCUUGUACGAGCCCAUUGAGAGCGUGCAACGAAUGGAAUACUAUCAGGAGGGUGGCUAUGACGCUCUCUUCGCGAUGUUGCGUCCGAUGCUUUCUUUCAGGCCUGAGAAUCGUUCGUCCACCCAGCGGGUUCUUGAAUCGGAAUGGAUGGUGAAAUGGGCUAUUCCCGAGUAUGAGAGGCUCCGAAGCUCACAGGAAAGCUAG